AUGAGUUAUGCGAAACCAAUCAUGGUAAAUCAACUGAAAGUGGUAGCCACGGGUCAGCAAGCUUCGCCAAGACAGGAGCACAAUACAAAGCAAAACACGAAGAAGCCCCAGUUUACUCCCAUUCCAGUAACGUAUCGGGAGCUGUACAAAAAUUUGUUUGAUGUACACGUCGUAUCUCCUUUCUACUUAAAGCCACCGCAACCCCCUAAGUGGUAUGAUGUAAGUGCUCAAUGUGAAUAUCAUGCUGGAAUAGCGGGACAUUCAAUAGAGAACUGCACCUCUUUUAAGAGGGUAGUCGAAAGGCUCAUCAACAUGGGUAUUGUGAAAUUCGAUGAUGCAUUUGGUGUAGGAAAUCCGUUGCCCAAUCAAACUGAUAAAGGGGUAAAUGCCAUAGUCAAGAAUAUGGUGAGGAGAAUUAAGUUGGAUGUGGCAGAAGUGAGAACCUCGAUGAGGGAGGUUUUGAAAAAGAUGGUGGAGAAAAGUCUAGUCAUGCAAGACUUUGGGAGAAAAUCCCGAGAAGCAGGGAACUAUUGUGGGUUCCAUGGAGAGGAGGACCAUGAGAUAGGAACAUGUAAGGAAUUUAGGGCCCUGGUACAGGCUUUAAUGGACAACAAAGAACUGGAGUUCUUUGAGUUUACUGAGAAAUACGAUGUAUGCUCCUCGGAAGAGGGGUUGAUAGAGAAGGUUUCUGAGGUCAAUCACUCAAUGGUGAUCAUUUCACGAUCGAAAAUUAAUAAAGUUAGAGUAAAAAUUACACCGAGAGUUGUAAUCCAGAGACCCACGACUUUUCCGUAUAAGGAUAAAAAAGGAAUGCCUUGGAAUUAUAACUGUAAUGUGACAUAUCCAAGGGAGGAGAGUUCGGUCAGCAUACCAAGUACAAAGGUCGAGCUUGGAAAAGGGAAGUCUGUAAUGAUUGAACAAGGGAAAGAGAGGACAAAACCACUGGUUAAUGAACCAGUAACUGAAGAUGAAGCUAAAGAAUUUUUGAAGUUCUUAAAACACAGUGAGUAUAGUGUUGUGGAACAGUUGCACAAGCAGCCAACACACACAUCGGUCCUAGCUCUGCUCCAAAACUCGGAGGAUUAUCGAAAUGCGUUGAUGAAGGUGUUGAACGAGACCUGUAUUGCUGAAGAUAUUUCAGUGAACAAGCUAGACCGCCUUGUCAGUAACAUAAGCACCGAUAACUUCAUCUCCUUCAGUGACAAUGAAAUACCACCAGGGGGCAUGGGAUCCACCAAGGCUUUGCACAUUACCACUUGCUGCAAAGGGUAUACACUGUUGGGGGUAUUAAUUGAUAAUGGGUCAGCGCUGAAUGUUUUGUCCUUGUCCACAUUAAAUAGGUUACCAAUAGACAGCUCUCAUAUGAAGACAUGCCAGAACAUAGUGAGGGCAUUUGAUGGCACUGAGAGGAAAGUGAUGGGAAGGAUUGAGAUACCUCUGCUGAUCGGACCAAACACAUACGAGGUAGAUUUCCUUGUGAUGGAUAUUAAGCUUUCUUAUAAUUGCUUGUUGGGGAGGCCUUGGAUUCAUUUGGCGGGGGCAGUACAGUCAUUGUUGCACCAAAAGCUAAAGUUGGUGACAGAAGGCCGGUUGAUAACGAUAAAUGCGGAGGAGGAUAUUAUUGCAUCCGCCACCAGCAGUGCACCGUAUAUAGAAAAUGAUGAUAAAACAAUUGAGUAUUCUUUUCGGUCAUUGGAAUUUGUCAAUGCUACUUUCAUCAGCGAAGGAGGGAAGAUCCCUAGGGCAAAAAUCUGA